AAACAGAAAACAGAUCUCAUUAAAUAAUGACACAUUUUCAUGGGACCUUUAUUGAAACGGGAGAAAAAGAAUUAAUAAUAACUGUGGUUAACCCUGAGAAAUACCAUUGUGCAGCUGGAGGGAACCCACUUCCAGCGGACAACACCAACUAUCUGAUACCUGAUACUCAAUUAAGUGCCAAUAUGGCUCCUGUUGAUGAUGUUGUGGCAUGGGGAGAGUCAAUCGACCAUCUUCUGGAGUGCAAAACAGGCCAGCUGGUGUUUGAGGACUUCUUGAGGACAGAAUACAGUGAAGAGAACCUUUUAUUUUGGCUGGCCUGUGAAGACUACAAGAAAAUGACCAGCAAGACAGAAAUGACGGUUGCUGCCAAAAGGAUCUACACAGAGUUUGUCCAAGUUGAUGCGCCUAGACAGAUAAACAUUGACUGUGUGACAAGAGGAGAAAUCAGUGAAAAUCUCUCUCAGCCGGAGCCAAAUUGCUUCGACAGGGCGCAGAGACUGAUAUACGCUCUGAUGGAAAACGACUGUUAUCCGCGAUUUCUGAAAUCAGAAAUGUACCAAGCUCUCCUGGAACAGGCUGAACGGCAUUGAAAGCAACGUGAGGAAAAAAAAAAAAAAGAAAAAAAAAAGCUCGUCCAAUGCCUUUAUGAAUGAUUGAUUCUGCACUUCAGCCGACUCUCUUAAGAAUCUCUGUUUAAACAAAAAAGGCUCGUCUGUCAGAGGAAGCAGAAGUGAAGGGAGAUACAGAGCUGUCGGUGUGAGGACUGACAGGAUCUAAAAGCCAAACAUGAUCUAAAUAAUGUAUUAAACAGCUUUUGAAGUCAAUUUUUGUUUGGAUUGUUUCAUAUUGCACAGAAAAGGCCCGUAAGUCAGGAAAAGGCUGGAGAGUGCUUGUUUUGUUUUUGAACGGAUCAAUAUCAAUGUCUGUGUCCAUGAUGAAACUGUCAACUGCCCAAUAUAAACCUCAACCCCAGUAUCUCUUAAGUGUGACAUCAUCAGUUAAAUUUUAAUUUAUAUUUGAACCUCACAUUACAUGUAAGAUUAAAAAGCAACAUCCUGUGUGUUGGUAUAUAAUCUAAAAGCCUGUCAUUUACUUGCAUGUCUGAAUAACCAGCUGACAGCACUCUAUUUGUCUGUGAUGUUUUCUGUGAUCUACCACUCUUGUAAUUUUGUUUCUGUUGGAUACACAUCACAUGAAAGCACAAUAACUAAACAAUCUUUAAAGCAUCUCAUACUCCCUGCUCUUAAAUAAGUUAUUUUGACAGUAAAUAUUGUGUUUGAAUUAAAA